CAGGAAGCUAUGUGGAAAUGAGAGAAAUUCAAAAACCCUCUCCUCCAAGAGAGAAAAUCUUUCAUAAAUGGAGCUCUGCUUCCGGUUUCCACAGGACAGUGACCUUGUGGCCUUUCCUGCUAUUUCCAGUGAUUCCCAGAGCAUCUGAACAGUGAUGUCUGCCUUGCAUUCGCAGCUUUCCAUCCUGAUUGCUUGUUUACUUCUUUGGAGCAGAAAAGUUUGUACUAAUUGCUCUCCAUGGUGGCUAAUCUUUUCAAGAGCCUGAUUUUACCUUAUAUCCAUAAGCUUUACAAAGGAAUGUUUACAAAGAAAUUGGGAAAUACAACCAAAAAAAAAGAGAAUCAUCAGCAGAAAAAGAAUCAAGAUUUUCCUACUGCUGGCCAGACCAAACCCCCCAAAUUUUCCAAUACUUUGAAAAGCACUGUAAAGAAAAUUGCAAAGUGUUCAUCUGCUCGCAACUUAUCUAUUGAAGAAGAAGAAGCUAACAGAGACUUUUCCCUCUCUCCAACAUUUAGUUAUCGAGUAGCUAUUGCCAAUGGCCUGCAGAAGAAUACUAACGUAACCAGCAUUGAUAAUGAAGAUCUGCUUCAAGAGCUAUCUUCCAUUGAGAGUUCCUACUCUGAAUCAUUUAACGAACUAAGGAGCAGUACCGAAAACCAGGAACAGUCAACACACACCAUGCCAGUGAGACGCAACAGAAAGAGUUCAAGCAGCCUGGCCCCCUCUGAAGGCAGCUCUGAUGGGGAGCGUACUCUACAUAGCUUAAAACUAGGAGCCUUACGAAAACUGAGAAAAUGGAAGAAAAGUCAAGAAUGUGUCUCCUCAGAUUCAGAGUUGAGCACCAUGAAGAAAACUUGGGGGAUAAGAAGCAAGUCUUUGGAUAGGACAGCUCGAAACCCAAAGGCCAAUGCUCUAGAGCCUGGGUUCAGCUCCUCUGGCUGUAUUAGCCAAACGCAUGAUGUCAUGGAAAUGAUAUUUAAGGAACUUCAGGGAAUAAGUCAGAUUGAAACAGAACUUUCUGAACUCCGCGGGCAUGUCAACGCUCUCAAGCACUCCAUUGAUGAGAUCUCCAGCAGUGUGGAGGUUGUACAGAGUGAAAUUGAACAACUACGCACUGGGUUUGUUCAGUCUCGAAGAGAAACAAGAGAUAUCCAUGAUUAUAUUAAACACUUAAGUCAUACGGGGAGCAAGACAAGCCUGAGAUUUUUAAAUGUGCCGGAAGAAAGAUUCGAAUACGUGGAAAGUGUGGUGUACCAUAUUUUAAUAGAUAAAAUGGGUUUUUCAGAUGCACCAAAUGCUAUUAAAAUUGAAUUUGCUCAGAGGAUAGGACAUCAGAGGGACUGCCCAAACGCAAAACCUCGACCUAUACUUGUGUACUUUGAAACUCCUCAACAAAGGGAUUCUGUCUUAAAAAAAUCCUAUAAACUCAAAGGAGCUGGCAUUGGGAUCUCCACAGAUAUUCUGACUUACGAUGUCAGAGAAAGAAAAGAGAAAAGCAUACCAUCUUCCCAGACCUAUGAGAGCAUGGACAUGAAAUUGUCUACUCCAGAGCCCAAAAUCAAGAAAAACAAUUGGCAGUCACCUGAAGACAGUGAUGGAGAGCUGGACUCUGACCUCAAUCGAAACAGUUAUGCUGUGCUUUCCAAGCCAGAGCUUCCCACAAAGGGGAGUACUUCUAAGUCAAGCUCAAAAUCGCACAGUGCUAGAUCUAAGACUAAAAGUGCUAAUAGCAGCAGAGUUUCAAAUAAAUCAGAUCGUGCUAAAGUGACCCCCCAGUUGCCACAAUCAAAUGAUUUGGAGAAGCAAACCACACCCCAAUAUGUAGAGGCAACACCUCUCUGGCACUCACAGAGUGAUUUUUUCACUGCGAAACUUAGUCGUUCUGAGUCAGACUUUUCCAAAUUGUGCCAAUCGUACUCAGAAGAUUUUUCAGAAAACCAAUAUUUUAGUAGAACUAAUGGGAGUUCUCUUUUGUCAUCUUCAGACCGGGAACUCUGGCAGCGGAAACAGGAGGGCACACUGAGUUUGUAUGACCAGCGAUUCGAUGGGAGUCCUCACAGUAUCCAAGCACAGAGCAACAUUGAAAAUACAGAGACUGUGGAUAGUGGUAUGAGUAACAGCAUGGCAUGUGCAUCUGGAGAUCGAAGUCACUAUACUGAUUCUCAGCUCUCUCUACAUGAGGAUCUUUCUCCAUGGAAAGAAUGGAAUCAAAUAGAGCAAGGGGCUGAUUUAGGCUUAGAUUCAUCCACACAGGAAGCUUUGGACUAUGACACAAAUAGUCUGUCUGACCAACAGCUGGAUGUUCUCAAUAAAGACCUAGAAGACUUGGGAAAGUACCACAGUGACCUACAAGAUGACUCUGAAAGCUACGAUUUAACCCAAGAUGAUAACUCAUCUCCAUGCCCUGGGUUGGAUAAUGAACCACAAGGUCAGUGGGUUAGCCAGUAUGAUUCUUCUCAGGAAGCGAAUUCUAAUGAACUGUAUCAAAACCAGGGCCAAUUGUCCAUGAUGUAUCGAAGUCAAAGUGAACUGCAAAGCGAUGACUCAGAGGAUGCCCCACCCAAAUCUUGGCAUAGUCGAUUAAGCAUUGACCUUUCUGAUAAGACGUUCAGCUUCCCAAAAUUUGGAUCUACCCUUCAGAGGGCUAAAUCAGCUUUGGAAGUGGUAUGGAACAAAAGCACACAGAGUCUGAGUGGAUAUGAGGACAGUGGUUCUUCCUUAAUGGGCAGAUUUCGCACAUUAUCUCAAUCAACUGCAAAUGAAUCAAGUACAACCCUUGACUCUGAUGUCUACACAGAGCCCUAUUACUACAAAGCUGAAGAAGAAGAAGACUAUGGUGAACCUGUGGCUGAUAAUGAGACAGAUUAUGUUGAAGUGAUGGAACAAGUCCUUGCUAAGCUAGAAAACAGGACUAGUAUUACAGAAGCCGAUGAACAAAUGCAGGAGUAUGACCACCCUUCCUAUGAAACACCUUAUGAAACACCACAAGAUGAGGGGUAUGAAGGGCAGGCAGAUGAUGUAGUGAGUGAAGGGGAAUUGGAACCCUUAAACGAAUCAUCCGUAGAAAUGGAAAUAAGAGAAGAUGAAAACCAAAACAUCCCUGAAUCACCACCUGUGGAAAUCACAAAGCCAAAGAGAAUCCGCCCCUCUUUUAAAGAAGCAGCUUUAAGAGCCUAUAAGAAGCAGAUGGCAGAAUUGGAAGAGAAGAUCCUGGCUGGAGAUAGCAGUUCUAUGGAUGAAAAGGCUCGGAUAGUCAGUGGCAGUGACUUGGAUGCUUCCAAAUUCUCUGCACUCCAGGUAUUUGGUGGGGCUGGGCGAGGUCUUUAUGGUAUUGACAGCAUGCCUGAUCUCCGCAGGAAAAAAACUUUGCCUAUUGUACGAGAUGUGACCUUGGCCGCCCGGAAAUCUGGACUCUCCUUGGCAAUGGUGAUUAGGACAUCACUAAACAAUGAAGAACUGAAAAUGCAUGUCUUCAAGAAAACCUUGCAGGCCCUGAUCUACCCCAUCUCUUCUACUACGCCACACAAUUUUGAGGUCUGGACAGCUACGACACCCACCUACUGCUACGAGUGUGAAGGGCUCCUGUGGGGUAUUGCACGGCAAGGCAUGAAGUGUUUGGAGUGUGGAGUCAAGUGCCAUGAAAAGUGCCAGGACCUCCUCAAUGCCGACUGUUUGCAGAGAGCAGCAGAAAAAAGUUCUAAGCAUGGUGCUGAAGACAAGACGCAAACCAUUAUCACAGCCAUGAAAGAAAGAAUGAAGAUCAGGGAGAAAAACAGGCCAGAGGUAUUUGAAGUCAUUCAGGAAAUGUUUCAGAUUUCCAAAGAAGAUUUUGUGCAGUAUACAAAGGCCGCCAAACAGAGUGUGUUGGAUGGGACAUCUAAGUGGUCAGCAAAGAUAACCAUUACAGUGGUAUCAGCCCAAGGCUUGCAGGCAAAAGACAAAACAGGGUCAAGCGACCCCUACGUUACAGUUCAAGUUGGAAAAAAUAAAAGAAGGACGAAAACCAUUUUUGGAAACUUGAAUCCAGUAUGGGAUGAGAAGUUUUAUUUUGAAUGCCAUAACUCCACAGAUCGAAUCAAAGUCAGAGUGUGGGAUGAAGAUGAUGACAUUAAAUCCAGAGUCAAGCAACAUUUCAAAAAAGAAUCAGAUGAUUUUCUGGGACAAACAAUUGUAGAAGUAAGAACGCUGAGUGGAGAAAUGGAUGUCUGGUACAACUUAGAGAAGCGGACAGAUAAGUCAGCUGUAUCGGGGGCCAUUCGAUUGAAAAUCAAUGUGGAAAUAAAAGGAGAGGAGAAAGUUGCUCCAUAUCAUAUACAAUAUACAUGUUUACAUGAGAAUCUGUUCCAUUACUUGACUGAAGUGAAAGCUAAUGGUGGAGUGAAGAUCCCAGAGGUCAAAGGAGAUGAGGCCUGGAAGGUUUUCUUUGAUGAUGCCUCCCAAGAAAUAGUUGAUGAAUUUGCCAUGCGUUAUGGGAUUGAAUCCAUUUAUCAAGCUAUGACGCACUUCUCCUGCCUGUCUUCGAAAUACAUGUGCCCUGGAGUCCCUGCUGUCAUGAGCACUUUGCUGGCGAAUAUCAACGCUUUCUACGCUCACACCACAGUUUCUACAAAUAUCCAGGUUUCUGCCUCAGACCGAUUCGCUGCUACUAACUUUGGUAGGGAAAAAUUCAUAAAACUACUGGAUCAGUUGCAUAACUCUUUAAGAAUUGAUUUAUCCAAGUAUAGGGAAAACUUUCCUGCAAGUAAUAGUGAAAGAUUGCAAGACCUGAAAUCAACUGUUGAUCUGCUAACCAGCAUCACCUUCUUUAGACUGAAGGUUCUGGAGCUGCAGAGUCCCCCAAAGGCCAGCAUGGUGGUCAAGGACUGUGUCCGAGCCUGCCUGGAUUCUACAUACAAGUAUAUUUUCGACAAUUGCCACGAACUCUAUUCUCAGCUCAUAGACCCGAAUAAGAAACAGGAUGUCCCUCGGGAAGAUCAGGGACCAACCACCAAGAGCUUGGAUUUUUGGCCACAACUGAUAACACUGAUGGUCAGUAUCAUUGAUGAAGACAAAACUGCCUAUACACCUGUCUUGAAUCAGUUUCCUCAAGAACUAAACAUGGGGAAAAUAAGUGCUGAAAUUAUGUGGACCCUUUUUGCUCUAGAUAUGAAAUAUGCUUUAGAAGAACAUGAGAAGCAACGGUUAUGCAAGAGCACUGAUUACAUGAAUUUGCAUUUCAAAGUGAAAUGGUUUUAUAAUGAAUAUGUACGAGAACUUCCUGCCUUCAAGGAUGCAGUUCCUGAAUACUCCUUGUGGUUUGAACCUUUCGUCAUGCAGUGGCUAGAUGAAAAUGAAGACGUGUCCAUGGAAUUCCUGCAUGGAGCCCUGGGUAGAGACAAAAAAGAUGGCUUCCAGCAAACAUCAGAUCACGCUCUCUUCUCGUGUUCCGUGGUGGACGUCUUUGCUCAGCUUAACCAGAGCUUCGAGAUUAUUAAGAAGCUGGAAUGCCCGAAUCCUGAAGCAUUAUCUCACCUAAUGAGAAGAUUUGCAAAGACUAUCAAUAAAGUGCUGGUCCAAUAUGCAGCAAUUAUAUCUACUGAUUUCGCUUCCUACUGUGAUAAGGAAAAUGUGCCCUGUAUCUUGAUGAACAAUAUUCAGCAAUUGCGGGUCCAGCUGGAAAAAAUGUUUGAAUCAAUGGGAGGGAAAGAGCUAGACCCCGAAGCUAGCACAAUUCUAAAAGAGCUUCAAGUAAAACUCAACGGAGUUCUGGAUGAACUUAGUGUCACCUACGGUGAAAGUUUCCAGCUUAUAAUUGAAGAGUGUAUAAAGCAGAUGAGUUUUGAGUUAAAUCAAAUGCGAGCCAAUGGAAAUGCCACGUCUAAUAAGAACAACGCAGCUAUAGAUGCAGAAAUUGUGCUAAGACCUCUUAUGGAUUUCUUGGACAAAACAUUAAGUCUCUCAGCAAAAAUUUGUGAGAAAACAGUCCUGAAGCGAGUUUUGAAAGAGCUAUGGAAACUAGUCCUUAACAAAAUAGAAAAACAAAUUGUUCUUCCACCUCUGACAGAUCAAACAGGACCCCAGAUGAUUUUCAUUGCGGCUAAAGAUCUUGGACAACUAUCCAAACUGAAGGAGCACAUGAUUCGAGAAGAUGCCAAGGGUCUGACGCCAAGACAGUGUGCUAUUAUGGAGGUGGUCCUGGCUACCAUCAAGCAAUAUUUCCAUGCAGGAGGAAAUGGCCUGAAAAAGAAUUUCUUGGAGAAAAGCCCAGAUCUUCAGUCUCUGAGAUACGCCCUCAGUCUUUAUACCCAGACCACUGACGCCUUGAUAAAGAAAUUCAUAGACACUCAGACCUCACAGAGUUGCGCCUCCAAAGAUGCCGUGGGUCAGAUAUCUGUGCAUGUGGAUGUGGCCGCCACCCCCGGAACUGGAGAUCAUAAAGUCACUGUCAAAGUGAUUGCUAUCAACGACCUCCACUGGCAGACCACAGCCAUGUUCCGCCCUUUCGUGGAAGUGUGCGUCCUGGGACCCAACCUCGGAGACAAGAAGAGAAAACACGGCACCAAGACCAAAAGCAACACCUGGUCACCAAAGUACAACGAGACAUUUCACUUCGUUCUGGGUAACGAUAAUCGCCCAGGGUCCUACGAACUCCACCUGUCCGUUAAGGAUUACUGCUUUGCUCGGGAGGAUCGAAUUAUUGGCAUGACAGUCAUUCAGCUCCACAACAUAGCAGAGAAAGGAAGCUACGGAGCCUGGUAUCCGCUCCUGAAGAAUAUCUCUAUGGAUGAGACUGGUUUGACUAUCCUGAGAAUACUCUCUCAGAGGACCAGUGAUGACGUGGCUAAGGAGUUUGUAAGACUAAAAUCCGAAACAAGAUCUACCGAAGACAGUGCUUGAAACCCAAAUGCCCAUUGUCCGACCACGCUGCAUGCACGUUCAAAUUACACCGGAAUGUUUCUCGCACUCCGUUUCAAUGUCUUGCCAGUCCUCGAGUACAAUGUCUACAAGGUAUGUGGAAAACCUGACUCCACAUUUUAUACUAAUUCUGGUCUUUAGGAAAUAAAUGUUCCAUGAAGUGCCAAAAUGAUGACGUGAAAUAAUCAAGACUAUCUUUUUUUAAAUGUUAUAAUUUCAUGGUCAUGACCAGUCUUCUCACCGCUAACAAAGUCCAGUCUUGGUUGAAUUCAUUUCUACCAAAUAGCAUUUGUUGCUCAAGCUCCAUUUUAAUUUCACCUUCCCUCAUUCUGGAUGUCUUCAAACACCCUUUUCUAUCUACCAUAACUAGACAUGUCUAAUGGUGACUUCCCAGAAAGCAUUUGUAAUUUUAUAGUCAUGGAUAGAGGGGUGAUGAAUUUUUUGCAUACAAAUUAAAAUAGAAAAGGUGGGAAAUAUUUUGUGCUGACCAGUUUCCAACCUUUCUGAAAUAUCACUGUGACGAAACACAAUUUAAAGCAAACUCAGUCCAAGCAGUGCUAGUUUGUUACUGUUUGAUAUAUAUUCUUUACAACUGCCAUGCUCACAUCACGAUUUGUAAGAAAAAAAAAAAAAAGCAAGCCAAUGCAUGUGCCAGGUAGCAUUAUGUUUCCGCUUUACCAUAUUUCAUUCUUUGGAAAGUGAUGGAAUUCAUGGUUUAGAUACAGAAGGUUUGCUUCUUUAAAUUACCUGUAAUAAAAUUGCUAGUAUUUUCCCUUUAACCGUUGUGACUAUCUCCUCCUUAUCUAUUUAAAUGUUUAUUUUUUAAAAAAACAUAUUAAAUGAUUAUACUGAAUGCAGCAUUACUAAUAUAUUAUUGAACUGGAGCUAUAGUCAUGUAUCAGCUAUUUAGUGAAAAAUGUAAAAUAAACUCUGAAGAAAUUGCUCACAAUUUUGUAAUUUUUUUGUUUACAUGUAUCAGACUGCAUUGGAUACAAUAAGAAAACAAGGCAGCUCAGUAAUAAAAAUGCACCUAGGUUGAUUUGGGAAUAUGAGAUCGUUUAAGAAUAUCUGCAUUUUUAUUAUUUGAGUUUUUAGUCUGUCCCUAAAUACUUAACUACAGAACCUGUAUGCUGUACUGUAGCUUUCUGUCCUAACAGUUUUAGUGGACCACCUAUGUGUGCAAAAAAAGACACAAAAACCCACAAGAAUCUGUUAGGUUAAGAACAGAAGUGAUUAGUAGAAAUCUCUCAGAACCAACUGCUUCUGGAUAGGAGAAUAUACAGGCCGGUGACAGUGGACAAUCCAUGUGAAAUUCUUAGUCAAUUGCUUUGUUAAUGACUUUUGCAAAUGCAUAAGUAUGAUGCUAUCCUCUGGCAUAUGCGUUAAUAAAUGUAUAUUAAGCACAUUCAA